CUAACCUGCAUGUGGUCGUUGAUUUUCCUUGCGUAACUUUCGGCAAAUGACUGACCUCUAAUAAGAGUUGGUUAUAAUUAACACGUUUUGGGGAUGUUAUAAAUUAGUAAACGGAUUUUAUUGUUGUGUGUAUUAGUCGUGUAACAGAAAUCCUGAAGGAAUGGAGAAAUACUAAAUUACGUGCGUUAUUCGUUUACUGUAUGUUAUUUCAUUGAACAUGGAAGCACUGAUACCUGUAAUAAAUAAAUUGCAGGAUGUUUUCAAUACUGUUGGGGCCGAUGCUAUUCAGUUGCCUCAAAUUAUAGUAGUUGGAACUCAGAGUUCAGGGAAGAGCUCAGUCAUUGAAAGUUUAGUGGGUUGCUCCUUCUUACCUAGAGGCACAGGCAUCGUUACUCGACGUCCACUGAUUUUGCAAUUGGUAUAUUGUCCUAAGGAGGAUAGAGAACGCAGAACAGCUGAAGAAGGUACACUGGACUUAGCAGAAUGGGGCAAAUUUUUACACGUUAAAGGUAAAGUUUACACAGACUUCAAUGAAAUCAGAUCAGAGGUUGACAGGGAAACUGAGAGGAUGGCUGGACAUAACAAAGGCAUUUGCCCAGAACCAAUUAGUCUCAAGAUUUAUUCAACUCGUGUUGUGAACCUUACAUUGGUUGACCUUCCAGGAAUUACUAAGGUACCUGUGGGUGAUCAACCAGAAGACAUCGAAUCUCAGAUUCGAGAGCUCGUGUUGAAGUACAUUAGCAAUCCAAACUCAAUCAUCCUGGCAGUGGUGACAGCGAACACAGACAUGGCUACCAGUGAGAGCUUGAAAAUGGCCAAAGAAUGUGAUCCAGAUGGCAGAAGAACAUUAGCCGUGGUUACAAAACUAGACUUGAUGGAUGCAGGUACUGAUGCUAUUGACAUUUUGUGUGGGCGUGUGAUCCCCGUUAAACUAGGAAUAAUUGGAAUUGUGAACAGAUCACAGCAAGACAUAAUGGAUAAUAAGAGCAUCAAAGAUGCCUUGAAAGAUGAAGCAGCUUUCCUACAGAGAAAAUAUCCAACCUUGGCCAACAGAAACGGUACACCCUAUCUCGCUAAAACCCUGAACAGACUACUUAUGCACCACAUCCGUGAUUGUCUACCAGAUCUGAAGACGAGAGUGAAUGUCAUGGUGUCACAGUUUCAGUCACUCCUUAAUUCAUACGGGGAAGACGUGUCUGAUAAAAGUCAAACAUUACUACAAAUUAUCACCAAAUUCGCCUCAGCAUAUUGUUGUACCAUAGAAGGUACAGCAAGAAACAUUGAAACGACAGAAUUGUGCGGAGGUGCCAGGAUAUGUUAUAUAUUUCAUGAAACAUUUGGAAGGACUUUAGACUCAAUUCAUCCUCUUGCUGGCCUCACAAAAAUGGAUAUUUUAACAGCUAUUAGGAAUGCUACUGGACCAAGGCCAGCAUUAUUUGUCCCUGAGGUUUCAUUUGAAUUGCUCGUGAAACGGCAAAUCCGCCGCCUUGAGGAACCGUCACUGCGGUGUGUGGAGUUGGUUCAUGAAGAAAUGCAGCGAAUUAUUCAACACUGCGGUACAGAGGUGCAGCAGGAAAUGUUACGCUUUCCUAAACUGCAUGAACGAAUUGUUGAUGUUGUUACUCAUCUAUUGAGGAGACGCUUGCCCACAACAAACACAAUGGUGGAGAAUUUGGUAGCUAUCGAGUUGGCAUACAUAAACACGAAACACCCUGAUUUCCACAAAGAUGCAGCCCUGGUUUCUUCCCUCCUGAAAUCCGUGGAGGAAGAUGGAAGACCCCAGCGACCAGUCAACAAAAGACAUAAUCUUCCUCUUCAUGUGAAUCAGUCCUCAUCUUCACUUGUAGGGGAUGCAGAAAGAGAUGUGCCAAAGAACCACGCAGUUAAUCUAUACAACUAUGAACAGGUCACAAAUGUAGUAGCAUCUUUGUCAAACUAUUUCCCUGGUAUUAGACCAGAAAAGGAGGGAUAUACAGAAGACUCACCAAGUGUCACACCGACACAUCAGAGCGAUGGGAAAGGUGUGCUUAGUCCGCAGAAACCUGUAAAUUUGCUGCCAGAAGUUCCAAUGCAGACAAGCAGGAAGCUGUCUGAAAGGGAGCAGCGUGACUGUGAUGUUAUAGAGCGACUAAUAAAGUCAUAUUUCUACAUUGUGCGCAAGUCAAUCCAGGAUAGCGUUCCAAAAGCUGUGAUGCAUUUUUUAGUCAACUUUGUGAAAGACAACCUUCAGUCAGAGUUGGUGACUCACUUGUAUAAGUCAGACCAAGCAGAAGAACUCCUAAAUGAAUCGGAACACAUCGCACAACGCCGCAAGGAAGCUGCUGAUAUGCUGAAGGCUCUUCAGCAAGCUGGACACAUCAUCAGUGAGAUCCGGGAGACCCACAUGUGGUGAGACUUUGCUGAGGGUGGUCAACAGUGAGAAGUAUUACUAAUGGAAAGACAGCAAGUUUUCCUUGUGUUUAUAUUAUUUUGAUUUAAAAGCAUGGUCUGUAAUUUUUGACUUUACAAAGGUAUGAAAUAUUAUAUUAAUUUUUGAACAUGAUAGAUUCAUGAUCAAUGAAUAUGAAGUUAUAAUGUACUUUACAUAAAUAAAUGAAGGCAGUGAAGUUGACAUUUGUUGAAGAUACAAGCCCGUGUUAUAUCGCUUAACAGUAUGUAGAUAAUUCAAAAGAACAUUAAUGUGCACUGAAAAAGAAACUUGAAAUGAGCUGAAUUUAUUUUUAUAUGAACAGUAUAAUUUUCAUUAUAUUUAAGGGUUGAUUUUCCAUCUGCCCAGUCUGCCAAACAUAAUUUUAAAAACUAAAAAAGUUACUUAUGUGAAAGUAACAUUAAAAUACUGAAUUUUCAGUUUUUGCACUUUGCAGUGUGUGAGAGUACUUGUAGUAAGCUAACUUUGUCCAUGGUCUAGUCAUUGGCAUUAACAGCAAGUUUCAGGAGAUGGUUGUUUACAAACUGAGUGAGUUCUCCGAAUGAAAUAUCAUAGUGAAGGCGCGUAAAUUGUUGGUGUAAUGUAGCUAUUGAAGUAUGGUUCUGUCAUGUAGUGCCCCAUUAGUCUAGUGUGAUAAACUGAAUAAGCAGAUGUAGUGAGUUUUUGUUUAGAUUUUUCUCUUUCAAUUAGAUCAUUCCUUAGAAUGUUAAAGAAUGUGUUUUUAAAAUUAACGUUGAAUUGUAAACAAUUUUGAUAAAUAUAGAUAAUUCAUGCAUAUGAGGUACUUAAUUGAGCUGUGUCGUAAGUUGUUUCUUCUGUCCUCUGAUAUGCAAAUAUCUGCCCUCUACACCUUGUUAAAAAUUAUUAAAGCACUACAUUUAUUUUGUUGUCUGCUGUAGGCUCUUUGUGCUUUAUUGUAAAAUCUGCAUUUUAGCUGUUACAUGAUGAAAGUGUGUGACAAAAUAUGUUUAAUUUUAACAGACAUUUUUAAAUAUAUUUGUGGUUGAAUAACUGUUUAUAGUUCUCUGCACUGACAGACAUUUGCUACAAAGGAGAUAGUCUCUAAUUUUAAGAAUGUUAAUGAUUCACUCUGAUAUAUAAUCUGUGUAAAAACAUACUUCAUUGAACAUAAUGUCCUUACAGUGUUAAAAUCACAUUGUUUAUUGACUGGUCAUUACAAAGCUAUUAGUAAUUACAAUAAUUUACAAUAUAUCAGUUUUUGUUUGAAAAAAUGUAGAAGAUAUAUUGCAAGAGUUAUAGUUAUCCUUUAUGGUGUAUGUUUUUUAAUGUCAGUGGCCAUGCCUAAGAUGUUGGUGAAUGUGCUUGAUAAUUAUUACAGUAAGAUGUGUAUGAAAGGAAUAUAAGCAAGUUAUUUACAGCGUAACAGGCUAUUGGGGGAUGUACUUGCAGUACCUGACCACUUUAAAUUGUCUCCAGUCGACAGAGUACGGCAGUUCUGAUGAGUUGGUGUCAAUGGCAUUGUUGGGUUAUGAGUAACAGGCGAUUUAAUAGGGUGAUAAUGGAUUCUUGUGACGAUUUCUUCUGGCAUUGAGCACUGGGUGUCUUAAUUUCAGGGUUGGUGAUAGGUGGCAUUUUGGCUCACAACUCAUGCCGGCCUUGGAUGGAAUAGUGGGAUGUGGAUAAGUAGUGAUGUCCAUAUCCUUUCUCUCACUGCAAAUAAUUUCAGGUAUUGACUGUCGUUGCAUACUUGUAGUUCACAUUUGAAUCAUUGUUAAUUGUGAAUGGAUACUGAGAUGUGUUGGAAGGUAAAAUUUCAGAACAAAAUGAUUCCUCCCCCAAGUUGCAGAUGCCUUAAACCAAAGCUAUCCAGAUCCUUCUGGGUUAAACCUCAAGGCAUCCAUCCAACCAAGAUAAGUUACCUGAAGGGCUCAUUCACCUGGCAGCAGCAAUAGCUUAGUCUUCAGCCAAGAUUACUAUCCAGUUAGUAUAUGCACAUCCCCAUUUAUGGUUCAUAAGGCACUGUUUAAAUAUUUCAGCUAUGUAUUCUGUCUGCGGAAAUAGUGUAACGCAGCAAGGUUGAUCUGUCCCUCCUACACCCUUUUGUGAAGUUUCUUUUCUUAGUGGGCAGUGGUGCUGAGGAAUUCACCCCAGCAUUCAUUCUACUAACUAGUCACCCCUGGCAUAUGUUUCUCCAUCUUCAACAUAAAUGAGUUGCUGGCUGCUGGUCUUGAAGCAGUUGGACAUUAGGUAACACCACUUAUUUAUAUAUACAUAUAUAUGUGUUCUGUACAGCAUACCCCCUGUUAGAAGAGGUCAAAAUUAUUGGUGGUAACGUCAGGAGAAAGAAGACGCUGAGUCUGCCGAAGGUAACAGAGUGUGGUGUUUGAAUCAGUAUUGCAGGCAGUAAAAUAUUUAUCACAUCAGUGAUGUAUUUGGUUUCCUGUUUGUAAUUGUGAUUUAGUAUUGUAUGUUAUUAACUUUCAUAAAUACAGUAAGACAAAGAACAUGUAAUAAACUGGUAAUCAUACGAUUA